CUUCGCCUUUUCUCGUGCUCCGUAUCAACUUCAAAAAACAAAAAAACAAAAAAAAGAGGUUGAAUUUUCUUUGUACGGAAAAACUAAAGCAUUGCAAAUUCCCAAAAAAAAAACAAAAAGGGUAAAGCAGUUUGGACUUCUAUCUUAUCCCUCUAGAUUCCAACAUGUUCAAGUGAAUUUUCUCCGAUUCUAACACAAUCCCUCGCCCCAUGGAAGCAAAAACUGUUAAUACAGUUGAUGAUCCAUCAUCAGCACGCUUCACAUGGAGGGUUGACAACUUUUCCACGCUGAAUACACAGAAGCUAUACUCUGAAAGUUUCUAUGUUGGAGAACACAAAUGGCGGUUGCUUAUAUUUCCAAAGGGGAACAAUGUGGACCAUUUAUCGAUCUAUUUAGAUUCUGCAAGUUCAGUAACUUUGCCAUCUGGGUGGAGCAAAUUCGCGCAAUUCAGCUUAUCUGUGAUCAAUCAAAUUGAUAACAAGUCCACAAAGAAGCAAGACUUUAAACACCGGUUCAAUGCACGAGAAAGAGAUUGGGGUGGGCUUGAAUUAGUGCCUCUUAGUGAACUGUAUGACCCUGGUAGAGGUUAUCUUGUGAACGAUACAUGUGUUGUUGAAGCUGAUUUCCCUGGCUUCCGUUCAGUUGAACUUAAGGUUGAGGCGGCAAAGACUGCCUCAGGCAGAGAUGAAACUUCUAAUUCUUCUUCUCAAGGGGAUAUUGAUGGGAGGAUUAGACAGAAUGAUUCUGAUACUGUUACAACCCUGCCUCAGACUGAUACCUCGGGCCCUCCUCCUGCCAGUAAAUCAGCAACUGAAGUGAUCAAGUCUUCGGUCCCACCAGCCACUCCAAUUGUUGAAAAGGAAUCAAUGGUUAAUUCCCCUCACGCCCAAGAUCCGGAAGUUGAGUUGCCAAGGAGUCUUCCAAUGGGUUCUCCUCUUGAGUCAUCUUCAUUUGAUGACAUGGAUGCCUAUACCUCCAAGUUGGUGUCUGUAGUAGAGACUGAUGCACAUUUUGACUCCACUACUGAAGGAUCGGUCGUCGCCUCCAUUCCUCAAUCAACUGUUGAUGAAGCCAAAAAAUUCUUUAUAAAGAUGUUAUCUCGGGACCUAUCAGAAAUUCCUGAUUUUGCCGCACACAUUACAGAAUCCAUCCGUGUCUUGUCAGAGUGUCAUGACCUCACUCCAGCCCAGCUUGCACAGCUGAAAUCCCUCAAGAGAGCUAUUCACAAGGACUUGAUCUCGGAGGAGGCAAAGCUUCAACAAGAGGUUGAGCGGCUGCAGGCUGAACUGGCUAAGAUUUCCGAGAAGAAGAAAAGUGCUGGGAAAGAGAUGAAGCAACUGCAUGGGAAGAUGGUUAAUCUAGAACAGUCUAGGUCCUCUGUUCUUGAGGAGAUCUCAACCCUUGAGACCGAGAAGACCGCGGAGAGCUCUCUGUCAUGGGUCCAGCAAAUGUGGACUGAGCUUAGAGACACAUUCAUGAUACCAAACAAUUAAUCUCUUUUUAUUUGCAAGAUGAAAAACUUUUGUUGGUCUACUGUUAUAUUUCUCUCUAAGGGCCGGUUACAUUCUACCUUAAAUUUCAUGUUUUUGGAUAUUUUUGACUUAUUUCUGGUCGGUUGGGGUCAAUAUUCUUAUACUUUUAGUCCUGCAAUUCUACUUUAAAUUGCACUUGUUUCUGGAUUAAUGAAUGUGAUUAUCCUUUUUACCUUA